CCACACCCACAUCCACACCCACACCCACCCACAUCCACACCCACACCCACACCCACACCCCACACCCACACCCACACCCAACCGCACCCACACCCACACCCACACCCACACCCACACCCAUACCUACACCCUUAUUAUAUAAUUUCAGGUUGUGGGUGUGGGUAUGUGAGUGUGGAUUUAAAGAGCAUCUACAUCCACCUUCACCCGCACGCACCUAUCCACACCCUGAUAGAUGUCUAUUCCAUAUAAGAAGACCAUUUCUGAAACUUUUGACGCUUGAACAUGAUAUGAGAGGAGAUUUUCUAUUAUUGGGGGAGAGGUAAGGGUAUGCCUACUAAAGUACUUUUAUAGAUAUAACAUUUCUAUCGACUAAAAGAUCCCUCCGCAGCCUUUUUGAAAAAAUGCGCUCUGAUUUUUCUUCUGUCGAACAAGAGAUUGUUUGAAAUUCAAAUAUAUGAGCAGUUUGUAUAUUCAAAAUUCUGUCGAUCGCAUUUUGGAAAAAACUUAUGCGUUGUUAAGUUUGGCAAAAUCAUCAGUGUUAACAGUACAAUUUUUGUUAUCUCGAACAAUUAGUACAGUUUAGACACCAUAUGUUUUGAAAUGAAUCUUUUAACAUGAUUUUAUAGAUUAGCCAUGAAAAUUUCGAGCUUAAAUCAACCAGAUGAUUGUUUUUUUUUGAAAAACAUAUUAGAUAAGGAAGAACGUUUAUAUGCUAUUUUAUAGUGUUCGUGAACGGUCAUCAACCUAUACAACUAGAUUUCUUAUCACAAAUUGAUAAACCAUAAAAUCAAUCGCAAUUUCAUGUCCCUUUUCAUGUAGUUAAAGCCAAUAGGUUCAAGUAAAAUGUUUUCUAAACAAUGUUUGUAGAAGAGAUCAUAGACUACCUUUCAAAAAUGUUUGGCUCUCUACAAUGUUUCUACACAGAGAUAUGGAACAAAUAAAAUUAAUGUAUAACUUUUUCACCAUCCGUUAAAAAGAUCUUCGACAAGAGAGAUAAUAGGAUGGAAGAAAAACGAAUUUUUGAAAAUUAUGACACUAUUUUUGUACGACUCCUAACGAGACUAAAAUUAUAAAAAAUAAAUAACACAUAUUCUGUAUCUAACCCAGCGAAACUAAGAUGAUAUGUAAAUGUGUGUGUGCUGUCUUUUAUCUUUAAAAAAACAAAAGCCAACAAGAUUUACCUGUAAAACAAGAGAGAAAUAGAAACAUUUCUUUAAAAAAAGCCUGGCAUAUCAUCGCAUAUGAAUGAAAAAGUCUGAAAAAAAUCAAAAACGUUUAGCAGCGAUAACAUUAUUAGUGCUGAUACUUUUGAUAUUGUUUAUCACUUCAAUAUUACUUUGUAAUCAGUACAAGAGAAAUAUAAUAUACAUUCGUUUUGAUAUAAAAAAAAUAUUUGUAUUUAUUGGUGUAAAUAUGCAGAUCAAAUCGAAACAAAAUGAAUAGACGCCAGUACACCUACAUAGGUGUUUUAAUGAUUUUUAUUUUGUUUGGUAACGUUGAUUUGAAAAGGAGAAGAAGAAAACAUUGGAUUUCAACUGUUCGAUCUCUGUUUGAACAAAACGAUAUUUCGGAUAAAUAUAUGAAAAUAUUCAUUAUGAUUGAUAUUUACUUUGACAGAGAAAUUAACGCGAUAUUAUUUGUCUUGUAAAAGAGAAUGGAUAUUCAACAACAUCUUUCACUAUAUUAGAAUACAAGAAUUCUUUUCCAGCAAAUAAUUUAUUUUCAAUAAAGCUUUGGUAUUUCAAAACAAUUCAUUAUUUAAUGACAAAUUUAAUUACAAGUUCGAUUAGAUUCUCAUCGAAUGUCUCGUGUAUACAAAUGUAAAUGACGGUUUUAAUAAUAUUGACAAACAGUAAAAAUUCCAAAACAGUUGUUAUUAUUUAAAGUAUAAUCAACAUUUUGAAUAUAUGUAUACGAAGAUAUUAUCUGUCCAAAUCUAGAUAUACUGAAUUUUUCGAUAAUUUGCAAACCAAUCAAUAAUCUUUCAUCGAAAAAUUUCUUCUGGAACUUUUCAGUCGGAUUUUUUCUAUAUAUUGCGCGACUAGUUUUAGCUUUAUCAAAACAUAACAAAAACAAUAAAUUUGUUUGCAUUUUAAAUUUGUGACAUAUUCAGAAUAAUAAAUUAAUUAAAACGUUGACAUAGUGAAAAAUCAUUCAACGUUUUUCAAGAACAUAAUUAAUUGCAUCAUUAACAAUUCAAACAAAUUUUAAUGAUAAUGACACUGAGAAGGAAAGACGUCUGCUCAAGAAGAGUAUCAGUCUAAAUAUGAAACGUUUUAUUUUAUAUCGUUCGAUAUAUUCAAUCAUGACAGUCGCUAUAAAAGAGAUGAACAUGAACGAACAAAUGACAAUAAAUAAGAGCCUUUAAGGUUUUCCUCAAGACUAAUUUUUGGUAAGAAAAUGGAACGUGUCACCAGUUUUCUUCCACAUAAAAAGAAAGAAAUUAAAAGAUCUAUAGGGCUCCAUUAGAACAAUUUAGUAUUUUCUUUUUAUUAGAAGAAAAAACAACAAGUACAUGAAAAAAAUGCUUUGAGUUAAACAGAAUAAUAGGAUAAAAGCUAUGCCAAUACAAAAUAGAAUAAACUCCAGUACCAGAGACAAUGUAGAGUAAAAUUCACAAAUAACCUUGCUGCGCCAACCGUCUACUUUUGCUUCAAUUCGUGCUCCAAUCACCAUGGGCACGCAGCCCUAUUACGAGAUAACUGAUCUCCUUACCUUCUUCACCCACACCAUCAACAUCAUACCUAUCCUUCAUCAAAAUUGUCACCCUCAAUACUCUUCCUCUUAUUUUCAUUCAUUGGUUAUCUACUAUGAAUGUAUCGUCUAUCAAACAAGUCAAAAAAACUGCGUUAUACUAACUUUGUCACAAUAAUUAAAUUUGCUGAUCAAAAAGUAACUUUCUCAAAAUAACAUUGUAAUGUUAAACAUUUAAAUGUACAUAUCAAAAUACUGUGAAUGAAAAAGUGGUCUUUUUUUCACAUUUGAUGGUAAUUUUAUGACCUCUGAAAAUUUAUGAAAAUCAAUUUUUCAAUGUGGAUAUUCUCAGAGAAUUAAAAUGUUUCAAAAUGUGAAUUAUUUGAGUUGGUUGUGGAAUUGAAAAUAAUUAUGUGCAAACUUCAUGUUUCUUAUAAUAAAAUCAUUUUUGAUUAUUGUUUUGCAGAAAAUACAAAGUAUUGUUGAUUUUUCUUCAAUAAAAAAAAUUGUCCUUAUUCCUAACUGUAUGCAUUUCUUUUUCAAAUGAAAUGCAUUCUUUUCAUAAUAUAAAUUGUUCGCUCAUAUUGAUUCUAUUGAACAUAUACGACUAAUAUAGACGAAUUGGUCGCUUAUUCUAAAAUAUCACAAUUCUAUAUGCCAGUUUCUAUAGUACGACCUCUCUUCAUUAGCAAUAUAUAUAGAACAUUGUUCGUGCAUUUCCAGUUAAAACGCAUACAUACCAACAUUAUCUUUCCUUGUUUCUUGCUAUUCAAUUUCUCCAUUUCUAAUGAAUCAUAAUUAUCUCGAAUUAGAGAAAGAUAGGAAUGAAAUCAAUGAAGAAAAUACUUGUAAAAGUGAAUGUGGUGAUCUAAUUAUAGGAUCUGAAUGUGCCUCAUGAGUGGUACAAAUGUUAAGAAAAGAACAAAUAGACUCUCUUGAACAAUGUAAGAUAUUUGAUAAAAUAUUUUUUUAGUUUCUUAAGAUAAUAAUAUUCCUAAAGUAGAUAAAAUGAAAAGUAUUGCCACACAUCUUAAUGUUUCGGACUAUUAUGUUCAAAUAAGAAAAUUUUUUUUUUUUCGUUUUUAGUUAAUGCUCGUAUUACAUUUUUUGUUUAGACACCAUUCAGAUAUUAUUUCUUCAACGAAAAAACUGCUACUUUUCUUCGUUAACGUUACUUCUUACGUAUGAUAGCUUAAAAGAAAAUAUAUCGUUCGAAUAUGUUUGAGAUAUUUAAUUGAACUCUUGUUUAGUUAUGUAAAAAGAUGUUGUUCUCGCUAAAAAAAGGUCUAAUAAAGAAAAUUUGAAAUAUGUUGUAUUAGGGUGACAAUACAAAAGAAAGAGAAUAUAAAGACAACAGUAAGCUUCUAGAAAAUAAAAGUAUUUCACAAUCUUGUCUAUAGUUUUUUUUUCCUAUAGAUGAAUAGAAUUCACAUUCCGAUUUAUUUUUAAUAAACUAAAUUUCAAUGAAUUGACAGUACUACGAUGAAAUUAGUUCAUUUUUCUUGAUUUUUAAAAAAGUUUGUUUUUCAGAAACUUUCAUUGCAAAACGACUUACGCAUCUUUCUAAUCGUAUUUCUCCUGAUUUCAAUGAGAUAAAUGAUAUUUCAAAAAAAAAUGAUAAAUUCCAUAUUGCAGAGAAAUAGGAAGGCUUGUCUAGAAGGUAGAGAAGUGAUAUUAUCAAUGAAAAUAAUUGAAUUUGUCAGUUAAAAGAAAGCAGCUUUAUUUGCUCAUGAACGAAUUCAUGUUUAUUUAUUUGAUCCAACAAUAGCUUCAAUACUAUCUAUUGCAUUUUCCAUUCCAAAAAAAAACUAAAAUGUCAAGCUGGUAUUAUGGUAACAGCAAGUCAUAAUCCAAAAGAUGAUAAUGAUUAUAAAGUUUAUUGAAAAAAUGAUGUGCACAUAUUGCUGAUUCUAUUGAAGCUAAUUUAGAACCGUGAAAACGAAAAGCAUGGAAUUUUAGAUAUAUUCAAAGAUAACAACUCCAAAUUAGUUUCUGAUCUUGUUGAAAAGGUGAAAUUUUUUAUUUGAGAGAAAAAAAUCUUUAUUUGAAUAUAUAUUCAAUGCGUCAACACAAUUAAAAUUUGUUUAUACUUCUGUUCAUGGUAUUGAUCAAUCACAUGUUGAACGAGCAUUUGUUGCAUUUAAAUUUCAACCAUUUAUUUCAGUUGAUGAACAAAACAAUCUUGGUUAGUAAUUUUCCAACAGUCAGAUCCAGAAGAAGAAAAAGAAACACUUGAAUGUGCUAUUGCAAUAGCAAAUAAAAAUAAUGCCGAUUUUAUUAUACCUAAUGAUUCAGAUGUUGAUUGAUAUGCAUUAACUGAAAGAGAUAUCACUGGAUCAACACAAACUAGUUGAAGAAUUUUAACUGGAAAUCAAUUAGGAGCUUUACUUUUAUUUAAGUAAAGAAUUAUUAUUUUCUUUUGUUAAAUAGAUUGGUAGCUUUGGUUUACUUGACGUAAUCGAAAUCCAACAGUUGAUGUUAAAGAUGCUUAUAUGAUUUAGUUAAAGAUUUUAAUACAAUCGAUACAUUAACAGGUUUUAAGUGGCUCGAAAAUAUAUCACAUCAAUUACUUAAUGAUAAAACCAUGUUCUUUUUGGUUUUGAAGAAAUUAUGUAAGUUAAACAUUCUAUCUUUCAGAAAAUUUACAAAGUUUUCUUUAGUGGAUUUAUGUUCUUCUAGGAAAAUACACCAGUUCAUCGUAGUGAAUCUGCAAUUCUUGUUCAAUAUUCAAAUAAAAUUAAAUCUCAGUCGGAUGCUGAUAAAGAAUAUGUUCGUCCAAAAACAUGUGCUAAUUAUCAUAUAACUGAUGUUAGAGAUUUGACUAUUGAAAUUGCAGCUGAUUUUUGUGGUGAAGGUAAAGAUAAAAAAACUAACACUUCCUUGUUCAGCAUCAACACAAAUGAUAAUAUUUUAUUUUGAGAAUGGUUGUGAAAUAACAAUACGUGUAAGUGGAACUGAACCAACAAUUAAAUAGUAUUCAGAAAUAAGAAAAUACAUAAACAAAAACAGAAGAUGAUCUGAUGAUUGAUGAUGUAGAACUUAGAUAGGCAACUAAACAAGAACUUCAUCAAUUAGUCGAAGCUAUUGUUGAAUAAUUUUUACUAUCGAAAAAAAACGGAUUUAUUGAAAGAGAAACAGCAGCUAAAUGAACAGCAAACGUUUUUUGAAUGACAUACGAGCAAUCUUAACGAUUCCGAGAAUAUCAAUCAUUCAAAUUAGAAAUUUUUUUUUAGUACUCAAAAAUAAAAUAUAUCGUCUGAUGCUCAUCAUCAGUAAUAAUAAAGAAAUAAUCCGUUCCACUGAAAAAUCUUAAUUAUUUAAAGAGAAUAGAAGUUCGCACUAAGUGUCAUAUUCUAUUCAUAUACGAAAGUUAAUAGCGAACAAAUGAAAAACUACAAGUUGUAGAGUUAGAUCACGAUAUACGAAUCACUAAAAUAGUUCAACUACUAUUUUCGUCAAUUAUAUUAUCACUUUUUAGAAAAUAUAUUGCUGAAUACGAAGUAUUUCUAGGAAGAGAACUGUUGUAAAUUAGUUCUAAUAUCCUGGUCUGAGAGUUUCGUAUUGUUAAUGUGAAGAAUUGGUAUUGGUUAUAGAAUAUCUGUAUUAAUUGUUGUGUUCACAUUGAAAAGUUCGGAAAAAUAUUUUUUUCUACCUACUACUUAAACAGUCUUUACUGUUAGUCAAAAAAGUACCAUGUCUUUUGUUUUGAAUUCUCAAGCAAUUUGUCUUAACAACAUUAUCGCGGAAAUGUGAUAUGACUUGGAAAGCGGGUCCUGAUUCAGGUAUCUUAAUUCUUCUUAAUUUCGUAGCUCAAUUAAGUUGUCAUUCUCGGCAAGCCUUGCUUUUUCUC